CCAGCCGCUCGCCAAUCCGGGUGUGGGUCCGAUUCGGACUCUCUUUCCCUGAAGGCUUCGCGGCGUGAGGCGACGUCGGGUCCUCAGAGUCUUGGCGGCAGUUGGUGGAGCCGGAGCUGGGAGUCCGUCCUCGGGGUUGCCUGCGGGUUUUCCUGCGCCUCGCCUGGAACUCUUCUCGUCAGCGUACCUCAUUACGGCCCUCUCACUCCCCACGGAGAGCGGCGCCAGCUCAGUCUGGCCUCGGAUCAGGCGUCCGCCGAAGUCGGCACGCCCCUCCGCAUCUCCCCGCGGCACAGCCAGGACCCUGUCCAGGCCGUUGUUGCCUUGUCGCCAUGGCGCCCACUAUCCAGACCCAGGCCCAGAGAGAGGAUGGCCACAGGCCCAAUUCCCACCGGACUCUGCCUGAGAGGUCUGGAGUGGUUUGCCGAGUCAAGUACUGCAAUAGCCUCCCGGACAUUCCCUUCGACCCCAAGUUCAUCACCUACCCUUUUGACCAGAACAGGUUCGUUCAAUACAAAGCGACUUCCUUGGAGAAACAGCACAAACAUGACCUACUGACUGAGCCAGACCUGGGGGUCACCAUCGACCUCAUCAACCCUGACACCUACCGCAUCGACCCCAAUGUUCUCUUGGAUCCGGCUGAUGAGAAGCUUCUAGAAGAGGAGAUUCAAGCCCCCACAAGCUCUAAGAGAUCCCAGCAACACGCAAAGGUGGUGCCAUGGAUGCGGAAGACAGAAUACAUCUCCACUGAGUUCAAUCGUUACGGCAUCUCCAAUGAGAAGCCUGAGGUCAAGAUUGGGGUUUCUGUGAAGCAGCAAUUCACCGAGGAGGAAAUUUAUAAGGACAGAGAUAGCCAGAUCACAGCCAUUGAGAAGACCUUUGAGGAUGCCCAGAAGUCGAUCUCCCAGCAUUACAGCAAGCCCCGAGUGACACCAGUGGAGGUCAUGCCUGUCUUCCCAGACUUUAAGAUGUGGAUCAACCCAUGUGCUCAGGUGAUCUUUGACUCAGACCCAGCCCCCAAGGACACGAGUGGUGCAGCUGCAUUGGAGAUGAUGUCUCAGGCUAUGAUCAGGGGCAUGAUGGAUGAAGAAGGGAACCAGUUUGUGGCCUACUUCCUGCCCGUGGAAGAGACGUUGAAGAAACGAAAGCGGGACCAGGAGGAGGAGAUGGACUAUGCACCAGAUGAUGUGUAUGACUACAAGAUUGCUCGGGAGUACAACUGGAACGUGAAGAACAAGGCUAGCAAAGGCUAUGAGGAGAACUACUUCUUCAUCUUCCGAGAGGGUGAUGGGGUUUACUACAAUGAACUGGAGACCAGGGUUCGCCUCAGUAAGCGUCGAGCCAAGGCUGGUGUUCAGUCGGGUACCAACGCCCUGCUUGUGGUCAAACACCGGGACAUGAAUGAGAAGGAAUUAGAAGCCCAGGAGGCACGGAAGGCCCAGCUGGAGAACCAUGAACCUGAGGAGGAAGAGGAAGAAGAGAUGGAGACAGAGGAGAAGGAAGCUGGGGGCUCAGAUGAAGAGAGGGAGAAAGGCAGCAGCAGUGAGAAGGAAGGCAGCGAGGACGAGCGCUCAGGCAGCGAGAGUGAGCGGGAGGAAGGCGACAGGGAUGAGGCGAGCGACAAGAGUGGCAGUGGUGAGGACGAGAGCAGUGAGGACGAGGCCCGGGCUGCGCGGGACAAAGAGGAGAUCUUCGGCAGUGAUGCUGAUUCCGAGGAUGAUGCUGACUCUGAGGAGGAGGACAGAGGACGGGUCCGUGGCAGUGACAAUGAUUCGGACAGUGGCAGCGAAGGGGGUGGCCAGCGCAGCCGCAGUCCCAGUCCCUUCCCCAGCGGCAGUGAGCACUCAGCCCAGGAGGAUGGCAGCGAAGCUGCACCUUCAGAUUCCAGCGAAGCCGACAGCGACAGUGACUGACUCCCUGGGCCUUAGGGCCGGUGCAGGCGCCAUCAUUAGGACCAGGAAGGCACUUUCUAGUGGUUGGUUUGUGAGCUCUUCACUUUGUCUGUACCCCCCAUCCUACCCCAAACUUUUGCUGUUAAUAAAGACAACUUCUUAUCCCUCCUAGCCCCCGUGGUCUUGUUCUACCUGUUUCCCCAUCCCAAGUGCUCAAGGACCUCAACCUAAGGCACAGAAGUAAAGGCUACAGGGGCAGAAGCGCUGGGUUUUCAUCCCAUGUAACAUAACAAAGGUCAGAAUCAUUUUUGUUUUUUUUCUUUUUUUUUUUUUUUUCCAAAAUAAGCCCAGACCAUUAAACAAGUGAAACUCCAACAAA